CACUCAGAGCAUGUGACCUUGUUUUACCAAUCUCGUUCAGUAGGUUGGAAACCUCGUUUUCGUUCUUUCAUUCUCUGCCACCAUUACAACGUGGUUACGGCUGAAAAUCAAAGCUCCAGAGCCGGCCUUAUAAAUUAGUUUCUAAAUUUUCACAAACUCAAAGAUGGCAGCCCAGAAAAAAAAGCUAGGAUUCGCAGAAAAUUUUGGCCUCUCUGGUGCAGCUGCAGUCAUUUCAAAAACAGCUGCAGCUCCAAUUGAAAGAAUUAAACUUCUUGUGCAAAACCAAGAUGAAAUGAUCAAACAAGGCCGGCUUUCUGAGCCGUACAAGGGUGUGAUAGACUGCACAGUACGUACCUUUAGAACUGAAGGUAUCCUUCCUUUCUGGAGAGGUAAUUUGGCAAAUUGCUUGAGAUAUUUCCCUACCCAAGCCCUAAAUUUUGCAUUCAAGGACACCAUUAAAGCUCUUUUCAAGUCUGCACCAAAUGAAUCAUAUGCUACAAAAUUCACCAAGAACAUCUUCUCCGGAGGUGCUGCUGGCGCUCUAUCAUUGUGCUUUGUAUACUCUCUCGACUACGCCAGAACACGUUUGGCUAAUGAUGCCAAAGCUGCAGGCAAGGGUGGAGGAGACCGACAAUUUAACGGCCUCAUAGAUGUAUAUGCCAAAACAAUCAAGUCUGAUGGCAUUGUUGGCUUGUACAGAGGUUUUGUUAUAUCCUGUGUUGGUAUUGUUGUUUACCGUGGCUUCUACUUUGGUCUAUAUGACAGCUUGAAGCCUAUUUUGAUGACAGAGGAUGCCAGUGUCUUCCUAUCCUUUGCUCUAGGCUACGCAGUUACAGUGUCCUCUGGUCUACUCUCCUAUCCUAUUGAUACCAUCAGAAGACGUAUGAUGAUGACAUCUGGACAGGCUGUCAAAUACAAGGGAUCCAUUGAUUGUGCAGUUAAAAUUAUCAAGAAUGAAGGCUUCAUGUCCAUGAUGAAAGGAGCUGGUGCCAACAUACUCAGAGGUGUAGCUGGUGCUGGUGUUUUGGCUGGAUUUGACAAGUUCAAAGAUCUUUACAUUGCAUGGCGUGUAGGAAAUUAAUAAAAUUUAAGAAUAGUUCCUCUGACUAGACAUUAUAACUAUGUUGGGGUAGAGUAAAGCUAAUAGCUGUUGCUUUUACUGAGCAGCUGUGAUUUGUAGAUUCUAUCAAUACAAUAGUAAUAUUAGGUUUGUUAUUUGUCUAUUUGGAUGUAAUAUUUCAUGAAAUUGGGAGUGUUGAAAGAUAUUUAUUCAUUUAAACAUUUGUUGUCUAAAAAAUAAGCUGUCAGUUUUGGCAUUUAAGCUUUUUAAUUGUAAGACUUGACCAACAAGCUUAAAAUCACAAAACUUCACUUGACACCAAAUGUCCAUUUAUUUAAAAAAAUAAAUUUCAAAAUGAUGAAAAUGUAUGGAGUGACUUGUUUAAGAUUGCAUUUGUGUGGGGUAUGAAUGCACUCUCAGAAAGAGCUUGAUCAAUAAAUUCAACCAUAUCUUGAUAA